AUGGCCCCUGAGGAGCCUUACGUCCUCGACAAGGAGCGUCAUGUCAAGUACUGGAAACGGUGUGCACAACUCCUGCCCGAACCUUACACGUCAGGCGAAGCCCACCGAAUGAGUUUCGGCUUCUUCAUCGUGGCCGCGCUCGACCUGCUGGGAGUACUCGACACUGCCAUCACCCCGUCCGAGAAGCAUGGCUGGAUCGAGUGGAUCUACACCUGUCAAGUCCCUCACACGGGAGGCUUUCGAGGUUUCACGGGGACACUGCUAGGCGGCCAGAGGAGUUACCACAACUGGCAUUGGGAUCCGGCCAAUCUGCCAAACACCUACUUUGCACUGGCUGCCCUGCUGGUCUUGGGAGAUGACCUUUCCCGCGUGAAGAGGAAAGAAUGCCUUGCGUGGGUGGCGGCUCUGCAAAGGCCAAAUGGUAGCUUUGGUGAGUUCCUUGGGGAAAACGACCAGGUCGAGGGUGAAGACGAUCCAAGACUCUGCAUGUGCGCCGUGGGGGUCGUGAAGAUCUUACAAGGACACGGCGAGCAUACGAAACCGUCGAGUUUCAACGAAGCAAACUUGCAGAGGUACAUCGCCAGUUGCCAGUCUCAUGAAGGUGGUAUUGGUCAAGCUCCUCUUCUCGAAGCUCAUUCUGGGCUGAAUUACUGUGGCAUUGCGACACUCUCGUUUCUCGCCCUCCUCCAGAAACCCCCGGUGUCCGCGCAAGAGAUGGCGGCACGAGCCAACUUCGACAUAUCCGAUUGUACUCGGUGGAUGCUGGAUCGACAGACAACUUGGGUAGAAGAGGAAGAGGAGGACGAGGAGGAGGAAGACGAGGAUACAGACAACCAGUCUGGACAACGAGUUGAUACCAAUAACAACAACGAAGCCCAACAAAGCUCGCCCUCCAACAUGUCUGGUCUACACUCUGGCUUAGUCACAGAGAAAGCGAUUGCCGGUUUCUGCGGCCGCUGUGGGAAAAUCGCAGACACUUGUUACUGCUUUUGGAAUGUGGGAGCUCUUGCGCAGAUCCUGCAACAGCAUCAUCUCGUGGAUAUUGACUCAUUGAGGAGAUAUCUUCUGGGAAAGGUCACCCAUGUUAUCGGAGGAUUUGCGAAAGGUCCUGGCGAACUUCCGGAUCUCCUGCACUCUUAUCUCGGCCUUGCGACAUUGGCAAUAUACAAUGAGCCCGGGUUGAAGGAACUGGAUCCCACCUUUUGUAUCAGUAAAGACGCUGUCCAAAGAUUGGCGAAGGUGGCACAAUAG